GCUGCCUGACGCAACAUGUCGCAUUACCAAACAUUGAAACCUUUAGACUCAUUCCACGUGCUUUCCAUAUUUCAGCCUUGCUCAUGCCUCCUGGUUCACGGGUUACUUUGCCAUCUUAAACUUGUUGACUCGGGUUCAACAAGGACUGCCUUUUUUUUUUUUUUUUCUUAUUCUACUAACUAAUUUCUUUUACAUCUGCCGAACUGUUCGUAUACCUUUAUUCUAGAUUGGGUCUCUUUUAUCCACUGCUCCGGUUCAACCUCGUGACCAUAACAUUCAUAUACUCUCGACCAUCCCAUCCAUUUCAAAAAUCGAGUUCCUCCCUCGGUUCGGUUAUCCGCCUCGGGUAACCUGGAUACUCUGUUGGCCAAAUGCCUAGGAGGACGCUGCGUAUUCUCUGCUUCGGCAACUCGCUGACGUCUGGGUUCCCGGUGGGCACGCCGUACGCGGAGAAACUUAGCGAGAAGCUCGAGGAAGCGCUUCUAGGUCACGGCUAUGGCGAGAUUCAGUAUAAGGUUGAAGGCGUACCGGGCGACUUGGUGACGCGGGGUUCGUUUCUCGAUCGAAUGCGGGAUUCAUGGAAAAGCAGAUCGGAAUUUUAUGAUUGGACUAUCGUAUUAGGUGGAACGAACGAUCUUGGCUGGGGAUGUGCGGUUGAGGAUAUCGUCGCUGGCUUGAAGCGAACCUGGGAUAUACCACUCCUGAAGGGUAGCAAGGUGCUCGCCUUGACGAUACCAGACACCAGAGCCCGAUAUAAGGACGUUAAGGAACGACGCGACGAGUUAAAUAACGCCAUUAAGGAAUACAGGAAGCCAAAUUUCUUUUAUUUUGACUUACACAACGCCAUACCAUACCACAAUAUGGAACCCUCAGAUAGGCCCAAGUACUGGCAGAUGGACGGCGUGCACCUGACAGAAGCCGGCUACAACCUGAUGGGGGAGAAAAUCGCCGCAGAACUUAUCAAGCUUAUAAGACUUGCGGAAGCUCAAGACACGGAUAUUAGUAGUAUCGUAACGGACGCGCGGCAGAGGCAAGCCAUCGAGGACCUUAUAUACGAGGAAGAGAGAGGGAACCCGAGACUACUUAGCCAAGGUUACAUUGUAGUGCGAAGGACAGAUCUAGACUAGAUCAAUAGAUUAAGAAGCU